AUGUUCAGUAUUGACUUUAGCACGACAGCCGUGGCAUUGAUAAUCGGGGACGACCUGCUGUUAAAGCACGAUGACGCAGCGGAUCGUAUUCAAAUCAAAUAUGUCUCAUUUUACAAUCCUGGUAGUACGAGCAUCAAAGUUCUCUACUGCAAUAGAGAAGUCAAAUGCUACAAAGAUGCGAGUCAUUUUUGGCCUUUUGACAAACCAAACGUAGCAGACUUGAUCACAGGAAAGACUUUAACAAGCAAAAUGAAGCAUAUCAAACCAGGCCCAACGUUUUAUAGUAUUACAAGUGCAGCAUUUAGCCUGACAAACAACAAACUGAAUCUCGGUGACUUCGCUGGAAAAUGCCUCAGUAAUCCCAAGUUGUGUACUAAAGGCCUGACCGUAGCCUUCUGGUUUAACGUCGCCAUAGCCAGUACGGGCGUCCAAACAUUAUUAUCAACAGACACUACCUCUCCCGGUAUACAAAUUUACUUCUCUAACGAUGAAGUGCACGCGAAUGUGUACGACAAAACAUAUAAAACAUACGCCAAAAGUACAGCCAAGAAAGGACAAUGGAAUCACGUGACUGUCACGUGGACACCCACAAAUCAGAUGGUUUUGAUGAUCAAUUUUAAUAGUCAGACUAGCGGUUCCACCAGUCCUGACCAGAGGCUGACCGAUACCAACACAAUCUUGACCAUUGGAGCAAAGAAUGAUUUGAGUGGAAGCGCAGAUGCAUCUAUCAGCAGCCUGGUCAUAUGGGAAAAAAGCUUAGAUGGUCACUACAUACAAAAGAUUGGAAUCUGCACAGGUUUUUCUCCAGUUCCGUCGCUGGAGGAAGGCAACUUCUCGAGCAUAAUCGUACCGUACGAUUCACUGACAGCGUCGUCCGAUGUUGGGAACACGAUACUCAAAGGCCAACUGCUCUACGACGAUGGCACUGCUUUAUCAGGUGCGUGGCAGCCAUCACAUACUACUCCCCCCACGUACUUCCAGUUGGACUUCGUAAUGGGUAUGCCAUUGGCCAAGACUGCAACACAGGGCGGUAAUAAUCUGGCCCAAUGGGUGAAAUCUUAUACACUAUCUUACAGCUGGGAUGGACAGGAGUGGACGGAUUAUAAGAUCAGUGGUUCUGUAUACCAUUUCACGGCAAAUUCGGAUAGCAAAAACAUCGUCUCGCAUUUACUCUGCCCUAAAAUCGAAGCAAGACUCAUACGCUUUCAUCCCGUCACCUGGAAUGCGAAUAUAGCGAUGCGCGUUGGACUCUUAGUGGACGGAGAUGCCGUUGACUUCAAGGGCUGCUACAGCAGCGCCUCAAUCGACCUAACAAAACCCAUAAAUGACGUCAACCCGGACGAACUGCAUCCUGGGAAGUGCGUGACGUCAUGCGUCUUUCAAAAUGCAAAGUACGCAGGAUUGUCGCACGAGAACCGUUGCUACUGUUUCGACACGUUGCCUGGUAACGACGUUUCACGGCACAAGUGCAACGACCCUUGCAACGGAGACCCUUCAUUCAAAUGUGGAAGCCUGUUCUAUGUCAAUGUCUAUGGAGUACGCGAAUCAGUCGAUGCCAAUUUCUUGAUAAGUAUACCGAGUAAGGUUAAGCUGUUGACGCCCUUCAAGGUUACGUCGUCAGUUCAUCACAGGUUUUCUGUGGACUUUGGGGAAGGCAUCAUCUUAAUCACCAACAAGUCCGAAAUUUCCUACUUCGCGACAAACGUCAAUAAGAGAACUGUUGUUGCAGACACGUGGACGAGUAAGUAUGGAACUCCAAAGCAGCGUAAAAGUUCCAAGGAGUUAGAAGUCCAAUGGUACCUGAAUGGAUCCAAGAUAUCAUACGAUAAAGUCGUAGAAGCUGGUCAGUCUUAUGCAAUUAACAUCACUGUGAAUGAAGGCAGUGAAUUGAAGAUACUGCGAACAAAGAGUAAUGGAGAACAGCAAUCCUACAGUAUCCCUGAUGCUAUGGUACUAACGACUCUAAAAUUGGACUCCACCUUGACGACUACCACACCCGGCUCCAAUAGUCAGGACAGGUUGUUUGUCCUCUCGAAUAGCGUAUUCAAUAAUAAUGGUAUACUGAAAGCUUUCACAGUUCAUGUGUUGACACCAGGAUUCUCCGUCCCGUGUGUAUCGCGGGAGACAAUACCACUUACUGUUAUUCAACUGGAACAUGCAACUCCUCUGUAUCCCUAUGUACUUUCACGCUGCCCAGCACUAGCCCAUCCUGCUCCUCUGGAAGCGUAUUCUGCGCCUCUACCAGCCUUUGCACACAGAAUAAUCUAG